UCUCAACAAUUUGAUUAACUCUUAAAUUUUCUUCUCUAUUUUUCUAUUAGAUUCAAGGGUACAAAUAAACCAAUCUGGGUCCGGUGGGGUAGGUACCCAGUCGCAAUCUCAACAAAUGAACUCAGUGAUGGGACAGUUGAUAACAAUGUUAAAAUCUCCAUCAUCUCAGCAAAAUAAGAAAACAGUCAUUUCAAUUCUUCAAUCUAAUCCAAAAUUAAUGGCCGCCUUUUUGAAACAAAGGCAGGCUUCAUCUCAAUCAUUACAAAAUCAGACACAGAAUCAACUUUUCCAACAAUGAGUAAAAUUUUGUUCGUUGAUGUUCUCAGCAAGAAUCUGUCAGAAUUAACGAAUACAAAUGUCUCGAAAUUCAAUUGUCAUUGAGAAUUUUUGAUCGGAUACGAAUCGCCCGAAGAUCGAGAUGUUCUCAUUUUAGUCUUUUGUGGCUCCUUCUAUUCGAUAUAAAAUCCUGUUUCAAAGUUCCAAUCUUGAUUCCAUUCUCACCGCUCUUAACAUGGAGAUGCUUAUCCAACGUACACCUGAUAUUGCAAAAUCUUACAUAAACUCAGCAGUUAAAUUCAAUCAAUCGAUAAAUCAGCGAGUUGGUGAAUGUAAUUUCAGCGUUAUUUACGCAAAUUAGCUCUCUUUCGUUUUUUCAUAAAGUUCGAAGAGAAGAAUAUUUAAUAAGGUUAAAUAUGCAAAUCUUAUUUGAAGUAAAAACUCUGAAUUUGUAUCGAUGACUCAAUAAUUAAAUCUAAUAUUCACUUCAUUGCUGAUCAGCUGAUUGUUUUAUUAUUCAUUUCUUUUUGUUUUUUCUUCAAGGUCUCAAUUCAAAUCUCGAUAUAAAUUCUCAAUUAUGUUUAGAUAUUCAAUUGAACAAUUGAUUAUAUUACUUUAAUCAGCUUCAAACAAACUCGAAUUUUUCCGGUUAUAAAUCCCGGAAUCGCGUACGGAAAACACGAUUACCGAUUCACUCUUUCCGCUUUUUCCGAAAACCAAAUUGUUUUAAAAAAAAGUUUUGUUCUUUGUUGAAACUCUCUGUCACUUUUUUUAAAUUUUUAAUCCGUCUACUUCUACCUAUCCAUCUUCCGCUUUUCUUACUAAUUACUAUUUGAAAUCUUCGAUUAUUAAUCACGACCAAUGGACCAAAUUUUCACUUCUGAAAUAGAACCAAAACUUGAGGUUCAAGUGUCUCAACGGGAUCAACUUGGAACUGGUGAUAUACGGCGACUGAAUCAAUCGAUGCAACGAGUUAGGAAACAACUGAAAAUGAUUUUGAAUGUUAUCGAAAGACGAUGGCCACUAUUUUGAGAUUCACAUUCGCUCGGAUUUGCUUGGAAAAGGAAACAAACAGUAAAAUCCUCGUCCAACAGGCAAACAUCGACACAGAAAACUACACAGCAAGAAAAGACUCAACUUGGAGGACCACAAAUGAUGCCCCAACAGUCCCAGCAACAAGUCCUCAUACCAGUAGCAUCCAGUGUACAGAUUCAGCCUCAAAUGGUGGGCAUGAGUGGUCAACAACAACCCCAAGGACAGCAAAUGCAGAUUCAGCAAAGGCAUCAACAAACCAAUCUGGGUCCGGUGGGGUAGGUACCCAGUCGCAACCUGAACCAAUGAACAAAGUGAUGCAACAAUUGAUAGCAAUGUUAGAAUCUCCAACAUCUCAGCAUGAGCGGCGAACAGUCAUUUCAAUUCUUCAAUCUAAUCCAAAAUUAAUGGCCGCCUUUUUGAAACAAAGGCAGGCUUCAUCUCAAUCAUCACAAAAUCAGGCACAGAAUCAACUUUUCCAACAAAUUAACCCUCAACAGCCUCAACAAAUUCCACCUCAACCACCACCACAACCACCACAACAACAACAACAACCUAGGUUUAAUUGAUUAAUCAAAAACGUCAACCCCUUCUUUCAUUAUCUAAUUGUAUUUCUUUCUUUGUCUAUCUAUUCUAAUUCAUACAAUAUAUUGACCAUGUAUUAACAAGUAAUAAACAUAAACAAUAACAAACAUCUUUAAAUCACACAUCAAACAUAAAAUCACCUUUUGAAUAUCUAAUUGUUCAUUUCAUAGUUUUUCUCAGCGAUGAAAGUUAAAUUUCCCUACUGUUUUUGUUUAUCAUUCAAUAUAUUGUUCUAAGUUUUUA